GGUACCAGGCGCCUGGAGCUGGCUACGACAUGGCGCUUGCCUUGCGGCCAGGGCCGCAGCUCAUGGGCAUCGGCGGCAAGGGCGGCAAGGGUCACGUGGGCGCGCCCUGCGGCCAGCCUGGGGGUCCAGGCGGCGGCGACGCGAGCGGAGGCGCUCCAGCCACCCCUGGCCUGCAGCUGGUCGGCGGCGGUGGCUACGCCAAGGGCCCCCAGCGCCAGUUCGGGGACGAGGACCUGCCCAGGCUCAAGCAGCUCUCUGCCGCCUUCACGGAGCUUGGCGACAAGCAGCAGUUUGAUUACUACUCCGCCAUCGUUGCGCGGCUCGAGCACGCGCACAGAACCCCGCCGCCGCCCACUGUCGGAGCUGCCAAGCACGCGUUCGAGAUGGCCAGGAUCCAGCUGGACAAGGCUGUCCAGGCGGCGGAGCGCAUCGAGCAGGCUCUGGCCGAGGCCAAGGGCAAGGGGAGGCCCCUGCUGGACCUCAACGCGCUGCUCGAAGGGGUCGAUGUCGAACUGGACGAUCGAGGGGUCUUCGGCCUCGAUGGCGAAGGACUCGAGCUUUCCUCUUCAGAGCGAGCCGAGUUGGAUUGUCGUAAGUCGGAGCUGCUCGGCAUCUUCAGGGAGGCCACCAAGGCUGCCUUCGGCCAGGCCAAGGAGAAGGCCGCCAGCUUGGUGGAGGAGCACAAGGAGUUCAACCGCCGCAUGGCGCACCGCCAGGCGCUGCCGAAGUGCCGCCAGCUUCAGCAGGAGGCGCAGGUGCUGCUGAGGGGCCUGUCGCGCCCGCGGCAGCGGCCCCAGCGUCGACUGGAGACG